UCCCUGUUGAUCUUCGUGGUGGGCACCGUGGGCAACGGGCUAACCUGCCUGGUCAUCCUUCGCUACAAGGCCAUGCACACGCCCACCAACUACUACCUCUUCAGCCUCGCAGUAUCGGACCUGCUGGUGCUGCUCCUAGGCAUGCCCCUGGAGCUCUAUGAGAAGUGGCGUAACUACCCCUUCCUCCUGGGUGCUGGUGGCUGCUACUUCCGCACGCUGCUCUUUGAGACAGUCUGCCUGGCCUCUGUGCUCAAUGUCACCGCCCUGAGUGUGGAGCGCUACGUGGCCGUGGUGCACCCACUGCAGGCCAGGUCAGUGAUGACCCCAGCUCAUGUUCGCCGGAUGAUCGGAGCUAUCUGGAGCCUUGCCUUACUCUGCUCUCUGCCCAACACCAGCCUCCAUGGCAUCCAGCUGCUGGAUGUGCCCUGCCGGGGUAUAGUGCCCGACUCGGCCGAGUGCAAGGUGGUCCGCUCAAAGGCCUUCUACAGCCUACUCAUGCAGGCCACAGCACUGCUCUUCUUCUGCCUGCCCAUGGCCAUCAUCAGCGUGCUCUACCUGCUCAUUGGGCUGCGGCUGCGGAGUGAGAGGCUGCUGCUGCUCAGGCAGGGGCCCCAGAGCAGGGUCCAGCGACUACAGGAUAGGAGUCGGACACAGGUGACCAAGAUGCUGUUUGUGCUGGUCCUGGUGUUUGGCAUCUGCUGGGCCCCGUUCCAUAUCGAACGUCUCAUGUGGAGCUUCAUGUCCUCGACCGAGUACCUGCUCGAGGCCUACCAGUACGUACACAUCAUCUCUGGCGUCUUCUUCUAUCUCAGCUCUGCUGCAAAUCCCGUGCUCUACAGCCUCAUGUCCACCCGCUUCCAGGACACCUUCCGGGAAGCCCUGUGCUUGGGAACCCGGUGCCGUGGCCACAGGCGACGUCACAGCUCCCACAGUCUCAGCAGGGUGACCACGGGCAGCACCCUGUGUGACAUGGGCUCCCUGGGCAGCAGGGCCCACCCUCUGGCUGAGAACUAUGGCCUAGAGGGACAGGAAGAGACUGACCCCUCCCUCCAUAGAGGAGACUCACAGCAGCUCCACCUGGAGGCACCAGAGGGCCACUUGUAGCCACACCUGCCCUCCUCUUGGGUGAUGUCUUCAUGCCUGUCCCCUUCAUGCCCGGUUCCCCCUGCAGCCACCUUAGUGACUCCUGCUCCCGCCAUGUACUAGAAGGGAUAUACGAUUACCCUCUAGGCCCCUAGGCCUCCAGUUAAAGUCCUUCCCUGCAGGAACAUCAUAGUCAGUUAACUGGCACAGCACACCUUCUUUUGGGGACAUCCCCACUCCUGCCACAGUUUCCAAAAUGUUUUCCCAAGGCUCUGCCUUCCCUCCCAUUUUCUGUCCCUUUCUAGCUCAUGGCCUGCACCUGGGACCCUCCUCCUACCUGACCCCUCCCUGGCCCGGUCAGCUUAUUCUACUCUGGGCUCUCCACUGGUAGCACUGUUGGGUGGCAGGGAUGCCAGCGAUCCAGGGGACCUGCUUCCAAUCCUAGCCCUAUUGCCACCUUGCUGUGUGGCAUCAAGCAUAUCAGCUCACCUUCCCAGGCCUUGAUCCCCUGCUUGCAAAAUGAAAUGGGCCCCGAUAUUCUAAGUGCCACACUUUGACUCUUUAGCUGCAUUUUCUGUGAGUGUGCAUAAGUCACUGCUGUAAUGAAACCCACUGAUACCCUCAGAUUACCAAGAUGGAAAUUACUGUCUACACGCUCACCACCCCAACCCCUCUCCCUCCCUGACCUCCAUAAGCACCACCUCCCAUGCCCCCCUUCUAGUUGCACAACAAUGUGAACAUGCCCAGACAAUAUUCAACUGUAUGCUUAAAUG